AUGGGAGACGAUCGUCACUUUGCACCUAUUGAAGUGGAUGAGAACAUCUGGACAGUGCCAUCGCGAUACAGUUUCUUCAAAGUUGCUGGUCAUGGAUCUUACGGAACUGUCAGCUCUGCCAAGGACAUGAAAUUGAACAUACAAGUUGCCAUUAAGAAAUUGGAUCGACCCUUUGACAAUGCAGAAUACGCUAAGCGGACUUAUCGCGAACUGGCUAUACUCUCCCACAUGAAUCAUGAAAAUAUAAUCUGCCUGGUCGAUGUCUUCACUCCGCAGUGUACAUUCGACACUUUCAAUGAUAUAUACCUCGUAACUCCCAUGCUGACUUGUGAUCUCCGAGCGAUUAUUGACUGUCAAGACCUCACUGAUGACCACAUUUGCUUUUUGGUUUACCAAAUGCUUCGCGGUCUCAAGUACAUGCACAGUGUGGGCAUUAUCCACCGCGACCUCAAGCCCUCAAACAUCGCUGUAAAUGAGGAUUGUGAACUGAAGAUCAUCGACUUUGGUUUGGCUCGGCAGCAGCAAUGUGAUAUGACUGGCUACGUGGCAACCCGGUGGUACCGCGCGCCUGAAGUCAUACUCAGUUGGAUGCACUACAACGAUGCAGGUGGGCAAACCUUUGCAGCCAGUUAA